AUGAGUAGAGACCGGGUCAAUCCCAUUACCUCUCUAGUACAUCGCCUCUCAAAAACCCUCUCGUUGAACCGCAAUUCCUUUACCAAUGAGGACUCCGAUGAGUGCUCCAACCACCCACGAGGUCGCCUAUCCUCCGUAACAGAGAUAAAAUCAGACUGCUCAUUCGAGGUAUCUCAAAAACGUGACCUGCCUGCCAGAUCAGCCAGUGCUUGCCCUGGAGCAUAUGUCGACACCAAAGCAGAACUGGAGUCAAAUAAUCAAAAUACUGAGGAUGACAUGGAAAUUCAAUAUGAUGAAGAGCUAGUAACGCCAGUUGAGGGCACAGACGGCAGUGAUUCAUCAGAAGAACCCUUGUUCACAUAUUCUGGAAAUAACUUGAAUCAAAUAUACGAGUUCGACUAUCCCGAAAUACCUAGAAAUGAAAGUGAUAGUAACUUGAUGUCGUCAGCCCGGCGAAGUGACUUCUCAGAAGGCUCAUUGUCCACAGAUAUAGACGACGGUGAAAUUAGUCGCUCCGAAGAGGAAGUCGAACAGUCACAAUCCACCGAAACGGAACCUCACAAAACCCGACUCCAAGAAAAAGAAAACGCAAGUGAUGCAAACGAGCAGGAGGCCCACAGAGAGAUCUGCCAAGAAGACUAUGAUAGCUACUCAUUUCCUCAGUUUGAAGUGGAGCAUGAUCCAGAACAGGAUCCGUUCCACGAGGCGGCGCUUGUUGCCGAAAGUCAUCAGUUUUCUCAUCCCCCUCGCCAACCUAUGGGCACGUCCCCACCUGCUAUUCUCGUCACCUCACCUUCUAAUAACGACAUUUCUAAGAAGUCACCCAGCAGGCCUCCCCCUCCAGUCUUAAAACCUGUCCGGCCACCUCUCCCGCCCCCUCCUUCGCACCCUCUUCCCAAAGAGGUGCCUCCACAGCCCUCAGCACAGCCAUCACCUAGACCUACUUCCAGCCCGGAAUCGCCAAGUCCUUUGCGGAAAAAGAAACUUAAAAUUUUUGGUUUGAACAUUGGUAAGUAG